AUGGUCGUGAACGACACACGGAAGCGCCUGUUGAGGCAGUUGAAUAGCAGGUAUAUCUAUGGGAAAUAUCCGCUCCUUCACGCCAUCAUCGCCCUCCUCCAAACCACGAUGGUGUCCAUACUCGUGCGAAAGUUCAACGCCUACUACACGAACCGACCUAUACUUACGACUAUGAUAACGAACGCCGUUCUUGGUGGCAUUGCAGACACAGUAGCACAAACACUCACAGCAGUGCGCAUGCGACAGAAACAGAAGCUGUUAAACGGCGACGUAUCAAAAGACGAAGUCGCCUUGAUCGAGAUUGGUGGCGAGUUUGCCAAGAAGGUACCAUGGCCUGAAGAGGACUACAUGCUACCGGCAUCAAAGCGAGGUUCACCACCCUUCGACUUCGAGCGUCUGACACGGUUCAUGGCAUACCCGUUCAUCAUGGCGCCAAUUCAGCACAAGUGGUUUGGUCUGCUCAGCGGGUUGUUUCCGAUCGCACCUGGAAAGCCUCAUGCUAUGACGAAUGCGCUUAGGAGAGUCGCGUUCGAUCAGUUCAUCUUUGCGCCGGUCGGUCUGGCAGCUUUCUUCACUUUCAUGACAGUGGCAGAGGGCGGCGGUAGGAGAGCUGUGACGAAGAAGUUUCAGGAUGUGUACCUUCCUGCGCUCAAGGCCAACUUCUUGGUGUGGCCGCUGGUGCAGGUGUUGAACUUUAGGGUGAUACCGAUUCAGUUCCAGAUCCCCUUCGUCUCCACGGUCGGUAUUUUCUGGACCGCAUACCUAUCCCUCACCAACGCAUCGGACGAGCCAGUAGUGACACCCAUGGAACGAGAGCCGCCUGCAUAA